AAAAAAAACCUCCCCAUCCAAAAGAAAAUUAGUGGACACUGAUUUGAAAAUUUGCAAGAAUAAUUAAAAUUUGGAAGAUAUAAUUAAAAAAGUAGUUUCAAAUCCACUUCGGGAAACUGAUGUUAAAUUGAAAGUCGAGAGAAAAGUGAUCAUUAGCAAACAAGUGGCAAUUGAGUUGAAUUUUCGCAGCCUAGUUAAUCUCCAGUUGAAAUGAAUUUUCAUUGUUUCGUCAAAUUGGAAGUAUUUGAGACAGUAACGUUUGGUCUCGCUCUUGAUGACGAAAAUAGUAUUUAAAUACUAAAAAGAAAACACGAAUUACGAUUCUUUUUGGUGAAGGAUGAGCUUUAUGACCACUAUAGGUGUACAAGAUUCUUGGAAAAGAUUGUGUAGCGAUUAAUUUUCGGUCUCUUUGAACGGUUUUAAUUACAAUCAUUAAUUGUGAUUCUAAAUUAAAACCCAGAGGAGGGAUCUCCGGAAAUUAAUUUGCUGCUAAUUUUUUAUUACGAAAAAGAAUCAUUCGACUCAGGGAGGAAUGACCAGGAUUUUGAUCUUCCUCACGAUGUGCACCUUGGUCAGAAUAUCAGGCCUCGGAUUCAUCCAAACAGCGAUUGCUCUCGGUAGUGUCGUGUCGGUUGUGCAGUGAUUAAAUUCCCUUAUAGUUCCGGGAGUGUUUGUGACUUUUUUUUUUAAUACCGCGAUAAAAUAUUUAUUAGGCAGGGUUGUUAUAAUUUAAUUUAAAUUUAUUACUUGAUUUAAUAGAUGAUUUAAAUCGGGAUUUAAAUCAAAGACAUAUUUUCAUUUUAAUCAUGAUUUCAAUAAACUUUUUACUUAAAAAAAUAGGUUUUUAGUCAUCUUUAACUUAAGGGGAUGUCAAAGUCGGAUGUGAUUUUCCCAUUGAAGCUUAAUGUGAAAAUCCAAUCGACUUUGACAUCCCCUUAAGAAAGACGUUAACAAAGAAUCUGAGAGAAUAGGAACAAAAGAUGAUACUAAAGUUACCAACGUUUACGUCGACGAAAUUAAAUUAAAAAAACCUUAAAUUUUCUUUUUUCUUUUACUUUUAACUUUUUUUUAACUUUUUAAAAAAACUUUUUUCUUUCCUGCCCUAAUUAGAUUGAAUGUCUGUUUAGGAUUUAAUGAAAAUAAUAAUUAAAUUCUUUUUAUCAAUAAUUAUUUGCUUUUUGGUCUUAAAAAAAUUUCUUUUCACUUUUUGCAUCUAGAUUCUUCGGGAGUGUUUCGAACUUUUGAAAAUCGCUAUCGAAGUUUUUAGGGUUUUUUUGAAAUCGUUUGUUUUUUUCGUUAAUCUACAUUUUACAAUAUGUGCGUGUCUCUGAUUCAACUAUCGGCCUUUGGUAAGAAGAAUAAUCGUCAAGGAGAGUACCAGCUGCUGUGAUGGAACGAAUUUCAGAAUUUAGCAAAAAAAAAAAUAACUAAAAAAGUUGUGUAUUAACAAAUGAUUAAAAAAAAAUAUUUAAAAAGGAAAAAGUUAUUAAACUCAGGAGCAUAAGGAUAUAUAUUUUUAAAAAUAUAGCAUUAUUGUAGGAGUGAAAGAUUAUGGAGGAAUCAACUCAGCAAGAACUUCAGGUUCAAAAGGAGGAAAUAAAUUCAGCAAGUGCAGAAGUGUCAAUGAUAUUUGAUGAUUUGUCAAAAAUAUUCAAUGAAGUCGUUGGUAUGAAAAGAAGGCGCGUCAAAAAUAUGUAUGAACAUAAUUACGUUGUCGACUUGUUAUAUUUAAUCGAUAAUUACGAUUUUAAAAGAUUAAUAAAAAUCCGUAGUAGCGUUUGUACUUCAAUCUACGAUUAUCGAGAAUUUAUAAAUAUUGACGAAAUUUCCAUUAUGAAAUCUUUGUACAAUAACUACCAGAAUGAAACUGAAUUACCAAAUUCUGAUUCAAAUGUUGUACCAACAAGUAAUCCUAAGAUGAUAGCUAUGGUGGAAGAUUGCUUUAGUAAAGUUCGUCAAUUCUUGCAAGGAAAUCAUUUAUCAGAUACAAAAGAAUGUGUAUCAUGUCUUAAGAGAACGAAUUCGAAGUCAUCGAAUAAUGAAUAUGAUUUAACACCAAUGGAAAUUGCAGCAACAUUUCAUUUUACAACUGUUACGUAUUUUCUCUCAGGAAUAGGCACUGAACUUUAUCCUCUCGAUAUUAUGCUACCACCAUUUACAGGAAUUCCAAAAGCCAUUAAUUCACCAUUGAUUGUGCGAGUACUACCCAAAGGAAUGGUAAAGGAAAUCUUUCACCUCGUUGUAUUUAUUGCUUAUCAAAAUGAUCUUCUAAUUCAUUGGAAAAAUGGAAGACGCACAAGACCUAGUAAAAUUGUGUAUUAUAUUCUAAAGAACAUCAAUUCCCCUUCAUCUAUCGAUGAGACAAUGAAGACUUAUUAUUGCAAACGAUUUCAAUUAAUAAUUGAAGACACUAAUCAAUGGGAUCCUGUUCUAAUUCGAGCAAAUGCCUUUGCUAUGAAAGUGAUAGAGUCUAUGAGGUGUAGUAAUUUUAGUAAAGCAAUGACGAAAGCAAUGACUCUGUUCAAAUAGAGACUCAAUUCAAUCCUUUACGAGAAACGGGAUGAAGGUGAUUAAUAGCGUCUACAUUUCAAUAUAAUUUCUUCAUAUUCGAGAUUAAGAGAAGUACUUUUCAAAAAAAAAAAAAAAUGGAAGGAAUUACAUAAAAAUUAUAAUUCUACAUUCCCUACGAACAAGUGAUGAUUACUGUGAUUAUUAAGGAUACGAAUCAAAAUAGAAAUAUAUUUAAGCGUUAAUAUAAUUAUUUAUCCCUAUGUUUGUGUUCUUUUAAUUAUAAACUAAGUUUAGUUUUGUUAUUUCUAUUUGAAAUUUAUAUUCAUCAUAUUUUUCUUCAUCAUUUUCUGUUCAGUGAAACAUGUGCGUUAUUUAAAAAGAAAAAGGUUUUGUUUCACAUGUAAAUUGGUCUUAAUUCUUAUUGGUGUUUUCUUAAAUUGUCAAUCGAAAUGUUUUAUACAAAUUUAAUAUUUUUAUAUAAUAAAAAGAAACAUUUAAAACUACA